ACCAACUGCCUGCAGUAUUUGGACGCCCGAAAUACGCCCCUGCUGGACCACUCGGCCCCUUUCGUGGCCCGGGCCUUGCGGAUCAGCAGCAGCCUGGUGGUGCUGCACUUGGAGAACGCCAGCCUUUCGGGGCGCCCGCUUAUGCUUUUGGCCACGGCGCUGAAGAUGAACAUGAACUUACGGGAGCUCUACCUGGCCGACAACAAACUCAACGGGCUGCAGGACUCGGCGCAGCUUGGGAACCUCCUCAAGUUCAACUGCUACAUCCAAAUCCUCGACCUGAGGAACAACCACGUCCUGGACUCAGGCCUGGCCUACAUCUGCGAGGGGCUGAAGGAGCAACGCAAAGGUUUGGUCACCCUGGUUUUGUGGAACAACCAACUGACGCACACCGGCAUGGCCUACCUGGGGAUGACGCUGCCUCACACGCAGAGCUUGGAGACCUUGAAUCUGGGACACAACCCCAUCGGCAACGAAGGCGUCCGCAACCUGAAGAGCGGCCUCAUCGGUAACCGCUCCGUCCUGCGCCUGGGCUUGGCCUCCACCAAACUGACAUGCGAAGGCGCCGUGGCGGUGGCCGAGUUCAUCGCCGAGAGCCCGCGGCUGCUGCGCCUGGACCUGCGGGAGAACGAGAUCAAGACGGGCGGCCUCAUGGCCCUGUCCUUGGCACUGAAGGUCAACCACUCGCUGCUGCGCCUCGACCUGGACAGGGAGCCCAAGAAGGAGUCGGUCAAGAGCUUCAUCGAGACCCAGAAGGCUUUGCUGACCGAAAUCCAAAACGGCUGCAAGCGCAACUUCGUCCUGGCCAAAGAGAAGGAGGAGAAGGAGCAGAAGCUGCAGCAGUCGGCGUCCAUGCCCGAAAUCACCGUCACGGAGCCCAUGGAGGAAAACCCCACCGAGGACAUCCAAGAUGGCGGCGCCCCCUCAGCGCCAGAAGGCGGGAAAACGGCGGAGGAGGCCCCGGCGGCGGCGGAAAAUGGUGCCGGGGGCGAGGGGACGGACUCGGAUUCGGACACGGACGAGGACACGGCGUUUGAGACACAGAACUCGAGCGAGACGCCGAAAUUCGAGGAGGCACCACCCUCGCCCCGCGCCGAGGAUUCGACCCCGUCCCACGGCAACGAGAGGAGGAUUUCGGUGUCCAGCCCUGGCCGAGGCCACAAAAUCUUCGUGGUGACACGCGUGGAGAGUUUGCCCGAGCGAACACCCCCGAAUUCGGACCCAAAACCCGAAUUCCCGCCACCCCGGACCAAUGGAUCGGUGCCUGAAAACCACCCUGAGGGGAACCACGGGCCCUGCGAGGGUGCGGCCGCCCCUCUCCCCAACGGCCUCAAGACCGAUUUCGCCCGAGCACUGCCCGAAACGGCGGCGGAUGGCGACAGGAAGACGGGGAGCUGCGGCGCCGAGCACG